UAAUAUAUGGACCAUUUCUUAAGAUUCAUAAAUCCCCACGUCUUUUUGGGAUGUGUGCAGUUCUUGCAAUUACAAACAUCUAAAGAAAACGACGCUCUUCUUGGCACAAGACUUUUUGAAAGGUUAAGAAAAAUAGGUGUGCCAUAAGAAAAAAUUGAUUAAAUCAUCCAACAAGACAAUUUAAAUGGGAAACUCUCUCAGGUUACAGAAUUACUCAAACUGAGACAAAGAGCACUUGUAGAUUACGUUCAAGAAAAUUUAUGGACUGUGGAAGAAGCCUACUAAGCAUUAAUAAUAUUAUUCGAUUAAGGAGAAUAUGAGAAAGCUACAGAGAUUGUUGAUAAUCUAUAUCCCUGCGUGGAAGCAACUGAGAAGUUGAAUCAUUUGAGAAACGGAUUCCUAUGGGCUAGAUUAGUAAUAAAUGCCUUUAUAAAUUUAGAAUUGCAAAUUAAUUGGUCUUUUCAAGAACAGCAACAGCGCUUCAGUCUGUAUUGAAGCAAUCAAAGACUUAUUAAAAUAAGAAGAUCAAAUAAAAUAUAAUUUCAAACAAAGAGCAGAUCUCUUACAUGCUGGAGUGUUGGUUUGUUUUAUAUCUGACGAUACAAAUGCUUUCCUAGAACUCUUCUCAGGUGAUUAAUUCUUAGAGGUGGUUCACACCAUUGCUCCCUAUUUAUUAUAUUACUAUACAGUGGCUUUGUUGAUCAAUUAAUAGUUUGUUGGCAAUACUAGUCUCGCCUAAAUUGGUGCUAAUGCUAGCAAAUCAGUUAUACAUUUUCAUUUAUUGAAUUAUGUUGAGGAAAUCAUUGUUAAAUUUCAAUUCGAAAAUGCUAUCAAGAUGGUCAAUGAUAUUGCAACUGAAAUUGAUAAAGACUUUAUUGUGAAAUCCAAAAAGGCCACCAUCAUUAAUGCAUGCAAACUGUAUUUCUUUUCAACUUACAUUAAAAUCUUAAAUGGUGUAUAAAUUAAGUAAAAUUAUGCGCUAAAUAAAAUUAGGCAAUUUUCGACUUAUUUAUAACUAAAUGAAGAAGAAACUGAAUCCUGGUUGGUUAAUGCCAUUAGAACUUUAAAUAUCAAUGCCAAAAUAGAUGGGGAUAAAAUAAUUGUGUAAAAAUAGGAUACUAAUGCACAGAACACACAAGUAUGCAAUUCCAUUUAAAUUAGUUAUUAAAAUAAUUAAGAGACUUACAACCAAAAUCUAAUAUGUUAAUAUCAAACCUUUAAAGAAUUAUUAACAUUAAGUGAAUCAUGUAAAGUAUAGUAAUCAAU